CACUAUGGCAGAGAUGAAUCAUCAUCCAGAGUCAGUCAAAUCCCAGCUAGGACAUUUGAGCGUCGAAAAGUUGGCGAGAACUGUGGUAAUAUCGAACAUACCGCGAGAAAUUACAAAAGAUGAAAUUCAUAUAUAUUUCCAGAAAAGUAAACACGGCGGUGGAGAAGUUGAUGAUAUUUGGAUAGUAAAAGAUGAGGAAGCGGUCAUUGUCUUUGAAAACCCUGAAGUCGCUGACAGUGUAUUAAAGCGCUCUCACGUGCUUGGAGGCAAAAAGGUGGAUCUCAGACCAUACAAUACCCAGGUUUUCUCGCGCGUUGCCGCUUUUGUGAGUUUCGGCACGAUGUCACCUCGGAAGUCAGAAAGCCUGCUCGAAAUGAUGAAGGAAAAGGUUGACGUAUCAUGGCAAUCCAAGGGUCAUAAUGGAUUCGUUCUCUUGGGAUCGAUUAAUCAACUAGAAUUUGCUCAUAGAUAUUUGCAAGAAUUUUUUCUUCGGCGCCCAUACCUGCUGUUUAAGGAAGAAAGAAUGGUGCAAGGAGAAGAUACCGUGAAGGCUCGACAAAAUUCUCCAGAAAAUUUUGAACAGGCCAAGAAAGACUCCCAGAAGAUUGUUGAAGAGUGCACCUUUGAAGUUGAACCAAAGUUCAUGAAAUUAUUCAAAAGGGUACACAAGGAAAAACUUGAACAAAUAGAAAGGGAAAGCCACUUGAAGAUAGUUUGGGCUGAAAAUGAAGCUCGAGUUAAGAUCAAACCUACACCUCUAACCAAAGAAACACACUAUCAAGAAGGAUGCAAUGCUUUCAUUGAUUUGUACCAAACCGUUCAUCAGUCCAUGAAGCGACAAGUGGUUGAUAUAGAAGACAUUCACGAUGAUGAAAAAAUCAAGGAGUCGAUUGCAUUCGUGGAGAGCAAACAUCCCGUCGUCAUUGAGAAAGUAGAAGGUCUGUUAAUCGUUUACAGCGAGGAAAUUCAUCUUAAGAGCUCAGUAAAGGCUCUUAAAAAAAUGCUUGGAAUGUCAAAAAUCAGGGGCGACAAUCCAAGGCAUGGUCAAAGGAACAUACGUCAUUCGUCUCACCAUCAUGAACAGCCAUUACCUAUCAUUACCAAGAUCCUUCAGCAGACUUUGACAAAUAACGUUAGAUUAUCUUUAUACCAGGGAGACAUAACUGAUGAGCAAGUUCAUGCCAUUGUCAACCCAGCUAACGCAUGGCUUCAACAUUCUCAAGGUGUUGGUGGUGCAAUUGUGAAAAAAGGAGGGAGUCAAAUAAUGCAUGAAUCUCAGUAUAUUAUGUCUCAUCGUAAUGUUCCUCUACAACCUGGUGAAGCUGUUUACACCGGAAGUGGGAAAAUGGCUUGUCACUAUAUAAUUCACACAGUUGGGCCAGACUGGUCAGCCUAUGCAGAUAAGAGCGUCGCUGUGACAUUUCUUCGAGUGGCAUGCAUAAACUGUCUCCGACUUGCUGUGCGACUUCAGCUUUCCUCUAUAGCCAUUCCAGCCAUCAGCUCAGGCAAUUGUGGUAUGCCAAAAGAAGUCUGUGCUGGGGCAAUUUUUCGAGCGAUUGACGAGUUUAGCACAAGUAUAGAUGCAGAAUGUAGCACUCUCCGUGACAUACGUGUCGUUAUCAUCGAUACAGAAACUGCUGAGGUCUUCCGUGGAGAAUUCAUUAACCAUUACUACUCGAAACAAAAGACGCAAAAUCAAAUGGCAACUCAGAGAGGUCCAUCCAGUGAGGAAGGAGAGAGCUCAUUUUCCACUAACCGAGGAAGAGGGAUUGAUGACGAGCUACCUAAUGAAAAACGUAAGAGUACACAGGAUAAUUUUACUGGAUCAAUGAGAAGACAGCACGGAGAUAACUCCCAUCAACGCGUUGAAGAGCAGCAUCGGCACACUUUUGAGGAAAGCAACUUAAAAGCAGCCGAGUGGACUUUGGCAGACGGCGUUGAAACCCAAAAUGUCGGAAGCGGUAUGAAUGUCAAUACGCACACGGAGGAGGGUCGUGAUACUGACGAACGAUAUGAGAAAACAGCAAGGAGUUCUGUAAAAUCGGUGCCCGGUAGAGGAGUCCUUGCACCUAGCUUUUCUAGGAAAGGAGAUGGUGUCACAAAAGGUGCCUCCGUUGAGGGAGUGAUGAGCUAUAAACCAACAAGGCCAAUCAAGCAUCCUCCUGGUCUCUCUGCGACAGAAGAUGGCCUUGAUAUUGCAAAGAAACUCAUGGGGGGAGAAAAUAACGAGCAAUUCACAGAAGCAUGUGAUGUCAAGAACGUAAAUCGACCAGAUCCGAAUAAGCGGAACACAAACGAAGAAGAGGGUAAGCCGCCAGACAAGUCCGAGGAUGGCAAUGAACGUGAGCCCUCAGCAAGUGGUCCUGUGCAUUCAAAUUCGACUGCCCCAAAGACAAUACAAAUGCCGCUUGAAAUCACACCAGAUCCUACCAAUGCAUCAGCAUCAGGCAAAGUGAAUGCACCAAAUGAUGUGCCAUUAUCAGCCGCGGGUACAACUCAAGGACCUGGACAGAACACAAGAAAAGAGAAGGAGCCAGGGGUAUCUUCACGUGAGGCGUCUCCACCAGAGAGGGACGAAGAUCAAUCGCAAGGAAGUCAAGCAACUAAAAGGGGUGACCAUUCUGUCGAGUCACUUUGUUCAGUAUGUCACAACUCAUGCCAAGAACUUGUUGAACCCUUGAAAUGUGGACACACUUUCUGCCAGUCUUGUUUUCAUCACCCUUCGAGUGACGUUUUCGUAUGCGGAAAUCAGUGGUGUGUCUGUGAGAGGUCCCAACCAAUAGGAACCAUGAGUUGGGGGACAGAGAAACAGCCUCUUCGUGGAUAUGAUGAUUGUUAUACUAUUGCCGUUACCUAUAACUUUCCCUCUGGAAUUCAAGGAUGGCAACAUCCUGCACAAGGACAACCUUACCGUGGAAGAUAUUUCACGGCAUACCUUCCGAACAACUCUGAAGGACAAAAAGUUUGCCAGUUACUGAAAAGAGCGUUUGACGCUCAACUCCUGUUUACAAUUGGUAAAUACCAGGUUACGGGCGAGGAGAAUCAGAUCGUGUGUAAAGAUAUCGCACAUAAAAUCAAUCGAUCAGGAGGACCAGCAAAUCAUGGGUAUCCUGAUUCCACCUACCUUGACCAAGUAAAGGAGCAGCUUGCCAAGAUAGGAAUUGUUGACGACGCCAACUUACAAGUGUAACUCAGUAGUCAAU